UCACAUGCUGAAGUUAAUGAGUGACAUCUUUCUCCCUCUGCUAGUCCUUCAAGGUCUGAUUGAAACCCACUCUCCAUACCUGGAGGAGCUCCUGACCGUCCUCUUCUCAGCUACUGUUGAGACCACUGCCAGGUGUCCUGCCAUGAAACCAAUUGCUGUGGUGUGCUCCUUGUUGCUCCAGGACAAAGAAGAAACACCAGUAAAGAAGGAGGUGGAGAGUUGCAGUGCUGAAUCAGCUUGGCCAGGGCCUGCCUCUGGCCUUCUCAAUGACUGGCUGGAGAUGUUGGACCCAGAGGUCAUCAGCAGCUGCCCUGAUCUACAGCAGAAGCUACUGUUCUCCUGGAACAAAGCAGGGUCCCAGGUGCCCUCCUUCCGCCCCUACCUCUUGGCUCUUCUGACUCACCAAUCCAGCUGGACCACACUGCACCAGUGCAUCAGGCUUCUACUUGGCAGGAACAGGGAGCAAAGGUGAGUCUUGUUUGUCAGGC